GUGGGAGCCGCUGCAGCCGCAGUGCAAGCCUGUAAACAAUUUAUCUCAAUUACGGCCUAUUUUUUUUAUGAAUAUAUGUGAUUAAUCGCCGUAAACGUACAUAUUUCGAUCGGUAUGUACAGCGGACUCCUGCCAAAAGGUUUGACAGAGGAUGACCUUAGUCCAGACGACGACGAGGAGGAGGAGGAGAAGAAGAGGAGGGACAGUGAGAAACUGAGCUCCACCGGUGAAAACACUGGAUCACCGGUGGAGGCAAAAGCGAAUAACACAGCCAGUGGUGCGGACACAGAGCUACCGACGUGUAGUUUACCUGGUAUACCUCAGGAAACGUGGCAAAAAUUCCAAGAUCUACAGAAGAAGAGAGAGGAGAUGAAGACACUGAAAGACCCCAGAAGAAGAAAAAGACGACGACACAAAAAAGGUGCCAGUGAUAGCGUCGAUACUGAUGUUAAGAAGAAAGGAACAAACAGCGAUGAACCCGGAGAGACAAGUGAACCUCAGAAGCAGCUGGAGAAGGAGAAGCACUGGGAUGGGCUUAAGCAGUAUUUUGGUGUAAAUGAUCGAUUUCAUCCCCCCGCAUGUUCCAAACCCGCUCCAAAGUCCGGCCUAGAAAAGAGCAUAGAGAGGGCCAUAGCUGAAGGGGACAUUGCAAAGGCGGAGGAGAUGAGCGACAGACUCGCCACUCGAGAGCUGGCUGUGAAAAUCGCUCAAGCUGCUGAUUGCCGUGACUUCGCGCAACGCAAACAGGAAGAGGAAGCUUUGAGGGCAGCGCAAAAAGGAAGAAGCAAAUAGCCUGGGGGUUUGAGGCUAAAAAACGAUGGGAAACCAAAAGCAACAUGGGAUACAUGUGAUGAACAUGGACGAAGCAGAGAGAGAGAGAGAGAGAGAGAGAGCGAGCGAGAGAGAGAGACGCUAAUUCAAUAACAGCCCUGUUUUUUAUGGCACACGGAUUCUGUUUGUCUUUAUUCUUCGAGUAUAUUUUGAAGACUUAACACCAGCAGAUUGAGAGUGGGGAAAAAGUCACACAGUUGGCUGCGAGAAAAAAAAACAUCCAGAGUACAACAGAGAGAAAAAAUUACAGAGCAUUCAAAUUAAUUCCUAAGGCGCCCAUUGGAGUCUGCAUUGUGUUAUUUUUCAUUACAUUUCAGUGAUUUGAGCGUUUUUUUCCACCCUUCAAAUUAAAUCUGGUGUACAUUACUGGAUGAUGCGUUUAUUUAUUGCUGUAAAGUGGGUUAAUCAUGAAGGCGCUCCUUUCUUCUUCUGAGCAAGAGAAAGGAAAGAUUAGGGCCCUAAUGCAAUGUACAGGAUAAUGUGCGAUAGGAUUUGUGAGUAGAAAAUGAAAUUUGGCUGCUGUAAACUGUUGUGAGCGGUCGUAAACUGAAAGUUGAGUGAACGGCGAGAAGGGUGGGGGGUUGUUAGACAUGAAACGGAGGCUUUGCUGUUGGCCGUCGCCCAUGCUGCGAGACACACGCUAUUGUUUCUCACCUCGAACAAGAGCCAUGCGCUGUUUCUCGAAGUCUGCACUCGCCGCUCAUUGUGUGAUGAGCUCUCUUCAGCAUCUGUAAACUCGUCCAAACCGUCGAUUCUGCCGCUACUUUGAUCUUUUUUUGAUCUACAGCGUUUUUCCUCUACACACUUUGGAAAUGCUCAUUCAGAUUCCACCAAGUGUUAAUUGCAAACAGCGUGCAAAAAAAAAAAAAAAAAAAAAUAGCACAAGAAUGAUAAUUACUUUUAUUCAUAAAGCUUGCUUUUUUUCCUAACCAUAGAAAAUGAUUGCUUUGCUUCAAGGUAAUGAGAAUUAAAAUUAAUCCACCUAAGUUGUUUGCAUUGCACAUAUUUGGGCACUUUGUCCCUUAGUGAAAAGAGGGGGGGUUGUAUCUUUGCUGUGUAGGUUAAAUCAGUUUGGGAAAAAAAAAAAAAGAAAAAAACAAUUA